ACUAUGAGGAAUAUACUUAUGAAGAGCUAAUAGAUAUAGCUGUGGAAGAAGUUAAUGACGAAGUAGAAAACAUUAUUAAUGAAAAUGACAAAUCUGGAGAUACUGUCAAACAACUUAUAAGAAAUUCAACUUAUUUGAAGGGCCACAAAUUAAGGUUAGAAUUCUGGGGUGUAAUCCAAUGUGGUGUGAAUAUUGCACCACCUAAAUGGUGUUCAAAAUCGAAUUAUGAAGAAAUACAACAUGCUUACAGUGGAAAUCUGUUUGGAGAACCACAAAUACAACAAGGACUACCAAAUCUUGGAUGUAGUCCGCACCGGGAUAAACAUUACGCAGGCAUCGGAGAGACCCGAGUUGUGAGUCUGAAUAGUAGUCCAACUCCAGCAGCACCAGUUUUUUUAGGGUAG